CAGAACGGGUAGCUAAAUCUGCUGACUCACUGGAAAUGAAACUGCUUCCUAUUCCUUAACUCAAAAGAACAUUUCAAUGGAGUUGAAGUAUUCUAAAGAAAGCUACAGAAUGUGGCCCUUGUGCAUUCUAUUAUUUGCCAUGGUUCAGCGUUCAAAUCAAGGCUCUGAGGGAACCACAACACAAAAAAGUACUACGGUUCAAUAUACUACUUCUAUCCCUUUUACAGCCGAGUCGUCGCCAACAGUGAUAGAACCAAGCACAACAACUGCCACUGCAUCGACUACAUGUUUUUGUCAAGAUUCGACAAUAUCUGCAACCACAGAAGGAAGUACGUCCACAGACCAAAGUACAACGAUGACCUCUUAUGCAACAGAAUCAACAUCAACAGAGACAGAACCAAGCACAACACCUGCCACUGCAUCGACUAUAUGUUUUUGUGAAGAUUCAACAAUUUCUGCAACCACAGAAGAAAGCACGUCCACAGACAAAAGUACAACGAUGACCUCUUAUACAACAGAAUCAACAUCAACAGAGACAGAACCAAGCACAACAACUGCCACUGCAUCGACUACGUCCGCCACCAGCAGCGAAACAACAGAGUCGACAAUAUCUACAUCCACAGAAGAAAGCACAUCCACAGACCAAAGUACAAUGAUGACCUUUUAUACAACAGAAUCAACAUCAACAGAGACAGAACCAAGCACAACAACUGCCACUGCAUCGACUACGUCCGCCACCAGCAGCGAAACAACAGAAGAAAGCACAUCCACAGACCAAAGUCCAAUGAUGACCUCUUAUACAACAGUAUCAACAUCAACAGAGACAGAUUCGCCAAUUUCAGCAACCACAGAAUUAAGCAGAUCCACAGACCAAAGUACAAUGACAACCCCUUAUACAACUGAAUCAACAUCAACAGACACAGAACCAAGCACAACAACUGCCACUGCAUCGCCUACGUCCGCCACCAGCAGCGAAACGACAGAUUCGAUAAUUUCUGCAACCACAGAAGAAAGCACAUCCAUAGACCAAAGUACAACGAUGACCUCUUAUACAACAGAAUCAACAUCAACAGAGACAGAACCAAGCACAACAACUGCCACUGCAUCGACUACAUCCGCCACCAGCAGCGAAACAACAGCUUCAACAACAUCUGCAAGCACAGCAGCAAGCACGUCCACAGAGCAAAGUACAACAAUGACGCCUUAUACAACUGAAUCGACAUCAACAGUGCCAGAACCAAGCACAACAACUGCCACUGCAUCGACUACGUCCGCCACCAGCAGCGAAACGACAGAACCAAGCACAACAACUGCCACUGCAUCGACUACAUCCGCCACCAGCAGCGAAACAACAGAUUCGAUAAUUUCUGCAACCACAGAAGAAAGCUCAUCCAUAGACCAAAGUACAACGAUGACCUCUUAUACAACAGAAUCAACAUCAACAGAGACAGAUUCGCCAAUUUCAGCAACCACAGAAUUAAGCAGAUCCACAGACCAAAGUACAAUGACAACCCCUUAUACAACUGAAUCAACAUCAACAGACACAGAACCAAGCACAACAACUGCCACUGCAUCGACUACGUCCGCCACCAGCAGCGAAACGACAGAACCAAGCACAACAACUGCCACUGCAUCGACUACAUCCGCCACCAGCAGCGAAACAACAGAACCAAGCACAACAACUGCCACUGCAUCGACUACGUCCGCCACCAGCAGCGAAACGACAGAGCCAACCACAACUACUACCUCACGUGCAACCACUCUCGCCACAAGCAACAAAACAACAGAGCCAACCACAACUACUGCUGCACUUGCAAUCUCUCCCACCACAAGCAGCAAAACACCAGAGCCAACCACAACUACUACUGCAUCGACAAACACUCCCACCACAAGCAGCAAAACACCAGAGCCAACCACAACUACUACUACAACUACAAACACUCCCACCACAAGCAGCACAACAACAGAACCAACCACAACUACGACUACAACUACAACCACUCCCACCACAAGCAGCACAACAACAGAGCCAACCACAACUACUACUACACCUACAACCACUCCAACCACAAGCAGCACAACAACAGAGCCAACCACAACUACUACUACACCUACAACCACUCCCACCACAAGCAGCACAACAACAGAACCAACCACAACUACGACUACAACUACAACCACUCCCACCACAAGCAGCACAACAACAGAAUCAACCACAACCACAACUACAACUACAACCACUCCCACCACAAGCAGCACAACAACAGAGCCAACCACAACUACUACAACACCUACAACCACUCCCACCACAAGCAGCACAACAACAGAGCCAACUACAUCUAAAACCACUCCCACCACAAGCAGCACAACAAGUAUAAUUUUGCAUCAACUGUAUGCCUUGUUCAUCUUCCCAGACUCAUAUUUAAGAAAAUACUGAUGCAGGGUCUCAAUCCCAAACUUCACGUAUCCCU